CCUGUCGGAAGCAGGAGUCGCGACUGUGAGGAGCUGGCAAGGCAGCGAAAGGGAAAAGGAGAAGGGAAGGGAUGAAAGGAGAACAUUAGUGUGUGAAGGCUCAGCCUAGUGUCGGCAUGGAAACUGCUCAAGCCUCGUGCUCUGCCAGUGUCGGAGGCUGAGAAGAGACCUGCCGUGCCAGGGGCGCGAGCACAGUGCCGAUACGUAUCCAGCUCCCCACCAUUGGCGCUACAAUUAUCCUGGACUUUUUUUUUCCUGAUUGACGACUCCAAUUUCCCGGGAUCAAUGGAACUGUUUAUUUGUUUUUGUUCACUGGACUCUUAAAACCCAGCAACAAAGCUUUCAUUCUAACUUUUACUCUGCCAUCUGGACUUUAUCACUCACGUGCAUCUUACCUCUGUUUUUCGCUUACUAUCCAUAUCUCUUUGUCUCUCUAUCUCUCUCUCUUUCUCUCUCUCACUAUCUGUCCUCUCUCUCUGUCUGUCUCUUUCUCUCAUCCUUUUCUUGUGUUAGACUUGAUUUACACUGGAGUCCGUAAAGUACUGUAGCACCAGUAGUUUGGAACUGAUAAAAAAUUAAAUGAAGAGGAGCAGCUGAAUUGGGCUGAGGAAAUAACAAUGGAAACGAAAAGGAAGGUCAGUUCUAAAACUUAACAUGGAUUUUCCGCUGCUUGUUUCCCGGACACAUAAUCCUUAAGGGGGCAGCUAAGAGCUGUCCACCCUGGAGCUUCAUGAGGGCCCAAGACCUCCAGGCUUGUCUGCAAGAUGAUGCCGUUUAUAUUGCACUAGUGCUUUGGGCAGCUAUGGCUUUGGAAGCAGGCUGUCCUAAGCAAGGAUCGCCAAGUGCUACGCUAGCCAGCAGGAGGUCCCAGCGUGCUGCCCGUGAUAUUCAGAAGCAGACUAGGGCCGGGCCACGCCACGGCAGACUGGCCGAGACACACCUUCAUGGGCUGAGGUACGUGUGCUCGCGUGGAUCACCCCUUCGCCGCCGCGCCGUCUGGCUCCUGGCACUCUGCACCUCUCUUGGCCUGCUUCUGUCCUGGUCCUCGAAUCGCUUCCUGUACUGGCUCUCCUUUCCCACCUACACUAAGGUACACAUGGAGUGGGCAAAGGAGCUGCCAUUCCCUGCCGUCACCAUCUGCAACAACAACCCCAUCCGCUUCUACAAGCUCACCAAGAGUGACAUGUACUUUGCUGGUUAUUGGCUCGGGCUCCUGCUGGCCAACCGCACGGCUCGGCCCCUCGUCCUGGACAUUCUGCAGGACGACAGACAGGCCUGGUUCCUCAAAUUGUCAGACUUUAGGCUCUUCCUGCCCCCACGCAACUUUGAAGGCACCAACCUGGACUUCAUGGACCGGCUGGGACACCAGCUAGACGAUAUGCUGUUGUCUUGCAAGUACCGUGGGGAGAUAUGUGGACCCCAGAACUUCUCCUCUGUGUUCACCAGGUACGGAAAGUGCUACAUGUUUAACGCGGAGGAGGAGGGUAAGGCCCUGCGUACCACAGUGAAGGGGGGCACUGGGAACGGGCUGGAGAUCAUGCUCGACAUCCAGCAGGACGAGUACCUGCCUGUCUGGGGAGAGACAGAGGAGACAGCAUUUGAAGCAGGGAUCCGGGUGCAGAUCCACAGCCAGGCAGAGCCCCCCUUCAUUCAUGAGCUGGGGUUCGGGGUCUCGCCCGGGUUCCAGACCUUUGUCUCGACACAGGAACAGAGGCUGACCUACCUGCCUCCGCCGUGGGGCGAAUGCCACUCGGGAGUGCUGAAAUCCAGCUUCUUCCAGGUAUACAGCGUUACAGCUUGCCGCAUUGACUGCGAGACGCGCUACAUCGUGGAGAAUUGCAACUGCAGGAUGGUACACAUGCCCGGUGAUUCUCCUUUCUGUACCCCUGAACAAUACAAAGACUGUGCAGAACCAGCACUCGCUACGCUGUUCGAAAAGGAAAACCACCGGUGCGUCUGUCGGACCCCAUGCAACAUGACCCGCUACAACAAAGAGCUCUCCAUGGUCAAAAUUCCCAGCAAGACGUCUGCCCGAUACCUCGAGAAGAAGUUCAACAAGUCUGAGAAGUAUAUUGCGGAAAACAUUCUGGUCCUAGAUGUUUUCUUUGAAGCCCUGAACUAUGAGACCAUAGAACAGAAGAAGGCCUACGAGGUGGCUGCUUUGCUGGGUGAUAUCGGGGGUCAAAUGGGAUUGUUCGUUGGAGCCAGUAUCCUGACAGUUCUGGAGCUGUUUGACUACGCUUAUGAGAUGAUGAAGGAAAGACUUUCAGACUGCUGGAGCCGAGAGGAUGAGGAGCAAAAUCAUGAGGAAGAUUUGGGUGCCUGUGAUCCCGUUCCGAACCACUCAGAAGCUGUCAGCCACACAGUGAGCGUCCCACGGCAGACCACGCUGGGCACAGUGGAGGAGAUCGCCUGCUAGUGCCUAAUACAGUCCUUGUCCUUGGUACUGACCCAUCGCCCCAGACAGAGUACCUGGCCUUUCCAAGCCGGUGGGAAGUUGAUCAGCUCUGACUGAGAAGGCAGAGACAGAGAUCAAAUGUUCAUGAAGUCAACUAAGAACUUCACUGGGGAACACUGACCCCACCUUGCAGAAUAAUUGGACAGUCUAUGCCCUCUUUUCAGUGGCAGUUUCUGACAGACAUAGGAGGGCCAUGGACAUCUCCUGACAUACACACCUCUGCCCAGAAUGUCUCUCAUUUUAAAGGUGGAACACAUAUGGGGUCAUGUCUUCAUAGCUAUCUAUGUACCCAAGUCACAGUCUACUGAAAAUUUGUGAACUGUCCUGUUUGCAUGUACGUUCUUUGGAUACAGUAAUUUUUACCAAUGAUAAGAAAGCCAUUCUGCUCUAGCUGUGUUUGUUAUGAGACAAUCUUGAAAGGUUUUAAAUUUCUCAGUAUUCCACCAUAGUUAUCUUUAUAAGUUGAAUGAACUAUUAUUUUCACAAAAGACCAAAAAUUAUUUUCUUUAAACUCCUAGUUUAUUUUCAUCUCAUUGUCUUAAUUAUAUACUGCUUCCCUGCCUCAAACCAUUGGAACAUUCUCCUGACAGUGAGAGGAAACCUGAAAAUUUGAACUGCAAUUACUCAUUAGGACUUGGAGUUCUGGUAUUUUGGACUGAUAUUAUUAAUGUUAUUAUUUUUUAACUUGCAAGACACUGGACUUUCAUUGUAACUGCUGGGUUACAAUGAUUAGCAUGUCAAUUGUACAACCCAGGGACGGAUUAUGGGUUGUGUGGGCCCCUGGGAAAAACGUU